AUGGAUCUCGCCAACCUCCUCUCGGCUCCUAAGCCAUAUACUCCUGUCGACUCGAGCUACUACAAGCGUUCGGCACCUCUCUCUCCACCGGCCGAAGAGCCCAAGGUCUCUCUGCCCUCAAUCUCCUCUCUUCUCGAGGGCGCCGAUGGCCAGCACUCAGCCAAGCGCCAACGUCUCUCACCACCUCUCGGUGAACGACACAUCCGGGUCCAGCCCUACGAGCUGCCCCCAACACCACCACUGCGCCCCGGCUCCGGCCACGGCCACAGCCGCGCAUCUCCAGAAAUCACCAAGGACCACCGCUCCUCCAUCUCCAGCAAUGGUUCCAUCCACAUGACUCAACCCUACGCCUCUCCAGCCCCCAGUGUCUCAUCAUACACCUCACCCAUCGACGCUCCCCAACAAGCCCUCUACUACUCCCGCCCACCCACAACAUCAACCUUCGCCCCAUCAACACCAGCCCCCCAAAUGCCACAACAACCACUCAUCUCCCCCGUCACUCCAGCCUGGCAACACCACCACUACUUCCCCCCCUCCUCAACAACCCAAUACCAACAAAACCACGACCGCUACAUCUGCCGCACCUGCCACAAGGCCUUCUCGCGCCCCUCCUCUCUGCGCAUCCACUCCCACUCGCACACUGGCGAGAAGCCAUUCCGCUGCACCCAUGCUGGCUGCGGAAAGGCCUUCUCAGUGCGCAGUAACAUGAAGCGCCACGAGCGGGGCUGCCACUCUGGCCGUCCUGCCCCAGCACUGGUCGUUUAA